GAUUAGAGGAGUGUUACAGCACCAAUCGGUGGCGCUGUAACACUGUCACAGAACGGAUCAAAAAACACUGGGCAUGCUUAAAGAAGACAUGUGAAGUAAACGGCAACAUUUAGACAUUCAAGUUGAACUAGUCUGAACUAAGGACUGAUUUUACUGUGCGCUGAGUUUGUGCUGCCUGCCUCCUGGUAUUAAUACCAAAUUGUAUCACAACUGUCAUUAUGAAGCUGCAUUGAUUUUAGCAGGAUUAACUUCCUAUGUAGUCAGCUCCUGUAUCAUUCCUGGAGCUGAAAGAAGCUCUUGGACUGCAUACCCACCAGUUAUGAAUACAUAAUGCUAUACCGAUGUUCCUGCUGUAGCAUGCUGGAGUGAAUUGCACAGUGCACCAGUCUGCCCUGCUGUCCAAGGUCUAUAUAAAUGCUAAUGAUGGCAGGGCAGUGAAAGGCCACCUCGCUUCUGUCAUGUUAAUAAUACAUUUGCCUCAGAGGAAGUUGCAAGGCUGCAGAUGAGAGCUGGGCUUUGAAGAUCUGACAUAUUAUCUGAAGUAAAAUCUCAUAAAAAGGCAAUGAUUCUGCAGAAUAAGAGAAUCCCCUUAAAUCAUGUUCACAGCUGUUUCCCAAAAGAUGAAGGCAGAUAGAGACAGGAGGACUAAUGCAAAAGAAAGACAUCGCAACCAUGGUUGGUUUCUCUUAUAGCAUUCUGAUUUUUAAUUAAUCCAGUCUGGUCUGUUAUAGUAAUAGUUAUAGUAUUUUCUUCAAGUCUUGAAUUCUCGCCGAAUAAUUUAUACCAGUUUGUCAUGAACUGAUUCCCCUCGAGUCAAAGUUGAUUUAAAGGUGUACAAAAGUCUUGAUGCGUACCAGUUUUCUGUCGCUGUCAACAGAUAAGCUGCUACUCCCACAUGGAAGAGACAAGACAUCUUGCAGACUUGCUUGUUAAUGCUAUUGUAGUUUUACUCAUGUAGCCCUUUGGCUCAUUGUAUCAGAAUAAUUAUUAGAAGCAUUUAGCAAUCCUUUUAGCUCUGUAUGUAACAUUUGAGUAAAAUUUAAAAUCACAGUAAUUAUGCAUAAUUACACUUGUUCAAUAAUUGUGCACAGAGACAGGAAAGCUAUAAUCUUUCUUUUUAACUUCGAUACAUGUGAAGUCUCAGGUUUAUUAACAUUUUUCAUUGGCUGAGAACUCUGGAGUUGUUUCAAAAAUAUUCCCUAAAAAAUACAGCUUUUCAAAAAGUGUCCAUCAUCUGAAAUAUUCUUAUUUGUUGGUAUGAGCUGUGGGUGAUCAGAUGUCAUCAGAAGUGCUAGAGUCCCAGUUAAGUAAGGAGGAGAACAGUGUGCUUAGACCACAGGCUGCCUGCAGAGGAGAGAGAGCUGAGCUCAGAGCAGUGGAAGGACUCCAGCGCCGUGACAACAGCAGUGAGGACACACUCAGAUUAUCAGCAGGGAGAAGUUCUCCUCCCCGGUCUCAGCCUGCUGCAGCCCCACGCUGCCGCCUCUCCCUGCUCUCUCUGGAGCCAGAGAUGUGAUGGGGUUUGGAUCUGAGCCCAGCCCAGGAGAGGCUUCCUGCAGCGGGGCGUCGGGCUGAUGAUGGAGCGCCGCUGACCGCAGGGAACUUAUCUGUGUCCUCCCACAGGCUCGGUGGGGAAUAACCCAGCCAACUGGAUCAGCAGGAGAUUAAAGCCGCCUUCCUGCACCUCUGCUUCCAGCCCCUCUGCUGCCGGGCUGAAGUGUGGGUGGACUGAGUGUUCAGCUCCGGGUGUCAGGGCAGCUACAUGUUGCUGCUGGGCUUCAGUCUGCAUUCCCACUUAUUGGAGCUGACGGGUCCCAUUGCUUCCAGGUUCACACCAUGACCUUUUCAUGUCUGCCGUGAAAGUGCCAGCCUCCCUGUGACAUGGAAAAGUCCAGACUCUACAGACUCCUCUAUUAUUUCAUUCUCAAUUCCCCCUUGGUGAUAUAUGCAGAUGCCACGUUCACUGAAGUCCCGAAGGAUGUGAGUGUUGGGGAAGGAGAGGACGUGGAGAUGCCCUGCGCCUUCAAAGCCCUCAGCUCUGCUCCCAUGUCUUUGGAAAUUCAGUGGUGGUACAUCAAGAUGGACGGCCCCAAAGAAGGACCUGAUGAGCUGCAGAACAGGGCCAAGGGCAGCUUAAGAGAAGCUACAAAAAUAAGUACUGUGCGUAUUCAGGGGAACGCCAUCUCCCACCGCCUCAGCCUGUCUAAAGUGAAGAAGGAGGACGGGGGGGUGUAUGAGUGCCGUGUGUCUGAUCUGUGGGCUGAAGAGGAUCAGGACUUUACAGUUCAUGCUACGCUGACCAUCACUGCGGGACGCGGCAUGGUGGCAGAGGAGGCUGUGUCACACAUUCAGAACCGCUGGUCGCUAAGGAAUACCAAUGCAGCUCUGGGAGGGGGCCAAGUGGGAGGAGUCACUUCCAAACCUAGCCAAGGACUGACAGGAGGAUCCAGGGAAGGGCAGGAGAAGCAACAGGUUCCUCAGCUGGCCCAGUCUGACCUCCUGCCCUCCGUGUCGUCCACCACUACUACCUCAGUGGCCAAGUCCGCCGCCUCCCAGCUGGCGGGGAGCGCAGCAGUCCUCUGGGACAGAGCUGCCUGUAGCAUGAUGAGCACUAUGGACCCUCUCUGCUUCAUCACUCUUCUUUUCUUGCAUAAACUCAUAUUUAUACUGUUGGCCCACUGAAGAAACUCUGCAGAAUUGUAGUUGGGCUUGCAGGUUUUCACUUUCAAAACCAAACUGAAACCAAGCAACAAUCAGAGACCAGCAGGGAGAGACGGGUCCAGCUGUGGGAGCCAAGCACAGAUGGGAGACAGAUCUGCCAUGGAUAUGUAGCAGCAGGACCGGUGACUGUUAAGAAUGUGGACUAGAGACACCAGCUUAGAGAAUAAAGACAGCAUCAGUACAGUUCCACAUGGAGCCAGAGCAGCAGAAUGGAUGUGGUCUGCUUCACACUUUCUCAUGUUCUUGUCAGCCUCUCCACUGUGUGACCAUCAGAGGACUGAAAGCCAGCUCUUCAUCUAUAAGGGGAUGCUCAUAUUCAUUGUUUCGGGGACAAGAGACUUCCACCAUUCUUUGUUCUUAUUUUCUCUAAAGACUGAAGUUUAAUUAGCAUGGCAUAUCAUUUCUGAUGUCUAUUUCUCCACAGCUUCAUCACACCUCCUCAGUAAACACACCUACUGUUCAAAAUGUGUUUGAGUUUAACGUCUACCCAUUUCUCCACAAAUACAUUUACACUAGUCUUCCCAUUACUCUGUUCCACAAUGAAAACAAAUUUGUGAUAACACAUUUUCAGCAAGAUGCACCUUAGUAUUGUUAUUAUCAAAUACUUCCUACAAUGUCUUUUUUUUUUAUUGAACUUAUGGUGAUCAGUGACACACUUCAUCUCGUUGACACAGAUUUAUUGAUAAUUUGCACCAGCUAUUUAGAUGAAGGCUAAUAUAAUAAAAUAUUACAAACA